UCCGCUGAAGAAUUCAUAGUCAUUUCCGGGAACAUGGAGGAGGUUGUGACAGAUACCGUAGCGCCCGAGGAUCUAAAGAAAUUCGAGAAGAAGUAUAAUGCAGAACUCGUGAAAGGGGCUGUUUCAAAAGAAACUCAGUUCGAGUAUGCGUGGUGUUUGAUCCGAAGUAAAUACUCCAACGAUAUCGUCAAAGGAAUCAGCCUGCUGGAAGAACUUGUUCAUAAAAGUUCAAAAGAUGACCAGAGGGACUUCUUGUUUUACCUGUCCGUGGCAAACUACAGACUCAAGGAGUAUGAGAGGGCGCUGAAGUACAUCCGCAUUCUACUGAAAAAUGAACCAGGAAACAACCAGGCCAUUGAAAUGGAAAAACUCAUCGAACGUGCCUUGAAGAAAGAUGGACUGGUUGGCAUGGCGAUUGUGGGCGGGAUCGGCCUUGGCGUGGCUGGACUGGCAGGUUUGAUUGGCCUGGCCGUUUCUAAAGGCGGGGCCAGGUCCUGAGAUGGGUAACGAAUAGAGCAGUCAGACCAAGUCACUGCCAACUUGUUCAGGACUUAACACACGCACCCCCCAUCCCCUCUUGGCUUUCUUUCUAACAAACACCAACUCCCUCCAGGCCAGAACUGAUCACAACAUUCAGAUAAGAUGAUCAUGAUCGACCUGACCUCACAGGAUAAUGCCAAGAAGUGUGGCCUCUAAGAAAAGGAUGUGUGCAUUGUGUAAUUAACCGUCAGGGUGCUUACAACUGAUCCUUUAAAUUGAGGCUUUUUACUUGUAUUUACUUGAGAUACAUGUGUCUGAUUGGUUUAUGCAGGUAGUGCUAUUUUUAUCCCCCAUACAUCCCCUCUCUCAGAUUUUGUUUUGUUUUGCUUUGCUCCUUUCCUAUUUAUGUGUUCACAUACAAAAUAUGAGGGAACUGUUGUCUUAAAACCCGAGAUGAAUGGAUAUCAGCCUAAUAUGCAGCUCACGAAAACAUACAAGUGGCCAGCGUGAGCUUGUCAUGCGACUCAUGAUAGUAAAGCACCUUAUAUUUCAUUUAGCAGAUUGUUUUCUGUAUGUUAAUUCAUUCAAAUACUGCAUUUGUUUGACCUGGUGAUUUACAUAAUUCAUUAAAAAAAUACAACUAAAGUCA